AUUCUAAGCUAAAAAAAGUAAAAGUACGUCUUAAAACAAAUUUAAUUUAUGUUACAAUAUUUUGGUCAGGAUGAUUUUUGGUAGAUAUGAAUUUGCGCUUGUGCAAGAAGGCUGUUGUCGCCUUGACGCACAUCCCUGCGCUUAAAAACACUAUCAAGCAAAAGUUGUUCGCGCUUCUGGUUGGAGCAGUUUAGAUUAUAGGGUUUAGAAGCAGUCGAACAUAACUGGCCUAAUUAACGAAUUACACAAUGCAGUACAAUGUAUAUCCGAAUACUACCAACAAUAUGAACAGAUCAAGACCAGAGCGCAAUGAACACCUCUAUGGUAAACAAUCAAAUUAUUGGUGUGGUCCAUCACAGCAUAACAUUGCCCCAGUUCAAGAUUUUGGAGGACCAAAUUCUCAAAUGCUUAACAAAAAAUAUAAGUCACAAGAGCAACAGUUACUUACACAGCCUGAUUGGACACAAACAGAGUUGAAACCAUUCAGAAAAAAUUUCUACAUUCUACAUCAAAAUGCUAAAAACAGAACCCCAGAAGACAUUGAACAAUAUAGAGAUGCUAAUGAUAUAAUUGUGAGAGGAAAUGCUGUUCCACAGCCCAAUUUUUGUUUUGAGGAAGGGAGUUUUCCAGAUUAUUUAAUGACUAUCAUUAUAAAACAAGGAUUUGCAGAGCCUACACCGAUUCAGGCCCAAGGCUGGCCUGUGGCUUUGUCUGGUCGCGAUCUUGUUGGCAUAGCCCAAACAGGAUCUGGUAAAACAUUGGCUUACAUGCUUCCAGCAACAGUGCAUAUAAAUCACCAACAGCGUCCACAAAGAGGAGAAGGACCUAUUGCUUUAAUUUUAGCUCCAACCAGAGAAUUGGCGCAACAGAUACAAAAGGUAGCACAUGAAUUUGGCUCUUCCACAAUGAUCAGAAACACCUGCAUUUUUGGAGGUUCCCCCAAAGGACCUCAAGCAAGAGAUUUAGAAAGAGGAGUGGAAAUUGUUAUAGCAACACCUGGAAGAUUGAUUGAUUUUCUUGAAAAAGGAACCACUAAUCUUGCAAGAUGCACAUAUUUAGUUUUGGAUGAAGCAGAUCGAAUGCUAGACAUGGGUUUUGAACCCCAAAUUCGUAAAAUUAUUCAACAAGUUAGACCCGAUAGGCAAGUUCUUAUGUGGUCUGCUACAUGGCCCAAACAAGUUCAGGCUUUAGCUGAGGAAUUUUUAGUAGACUAUAUCCAGGUAAAUAUUGGAGGACUUGCUUUGUCUGCAAAUCAUAAUAUCAAACAAAUUGUGGAUGUAUGUGAGGAAAAUGAAAAAGAAGAAAAACUUAUCAAAUUACUGAAGGAAAUUGGAUCAGACAGAUUAAAUAAAAUUAUAGUUUUUGUGGAAACAAAGAAGAAAGUUGAUGACAUAACAAAAGCUAUCAGGCGUGAAGGUUACUCGGCUAUUUCUAUACAUGGAGAUAAAUCACAACCGGAAAGAGAUUAUGUUUUGAACGAAUUCAGAAGUGGCAAAUCAUGGAUUUUGGUUGCAACAGAUGUUGCUGCUCGUGGUCUUGAUGUGGAUGACGUUAAAUACGUAAUAAAUUAUGAUUAUCCAAACUCUAGUGAGGAUUACGUUCACAGAAUUGGAAGGACAGGAAGAUGCCAGCAAACUGGAACAGCAUAUGCUUUCUUCACAUCGGCAAAUGCCCGUCAAAGUAAAGACUUGAUUGCUGUAUUAAAAGAAGCUGGACAACACAUCAGUUCAGAACUUGCUGAACUCUCACAAAAUUCUCGUCUUGGUCAAAAUAAUAAAAAUCGUUGGCAAAACAGGAAUAGGGACAAUUCAUCUCCCAACUCGAGUAACUCUAGUGGGCGUGUAAAGACGUGGACCAACAAGAAUUUCAAUGGUAACGCUGUUGAAUUUAAACACAACAACUAUAAAACCAUGAUGAACAGCAACAUGAGGAAUGAACAAAGCCCUAGAAAUCAAAGACAUUUCAAUAAUUCUUUUGCCUAUCAGAAUUCGCAGUUUACUAAUAACCAAGCCUAUCAAAAUUCUUACAGUCCUCCCAGUCAGUUAUUCCAACAACAGAAUACUAAUGGAUCGCGUAACACUUAUGGUGGAAAUAACCGCUACAAUAAUCAAAGAUAUAAUAGACAAAAUUAUAAUCAAGCUGGAAAUCCAAACAUGUAUCAAAUGGCUGCACAACCCUACAUGAUGCAACAAACAGGAGGACCUGACCCAAUGCAAUCGAUUAUCAACCACAAGUUUUUCCAAGGUAACAGAAUACCAAGUGCCAGUAAUCCUUGUGCAUACCAAUCCAUCAGUCAAGGUCAGAACACGCCCUUCAAUCAAUAUCCAGGAGCAGUUCAGUACACCUACCAAUUCACACCACCUACUGCGGCAGUACAACAAUAAGUAGGUAGCGAUCAGAAUAGUAAUGUUUAAAGGCUCUUUGUCUUCGGUGUGUUUUUUUAUAUAGCAUGUAGUUCAGAGUAUAUUAAUGUUUCAAAUUAUUAUUAUCAACUAUUAUUCUCAGUGAUAUGUUUUCUUGACAAUUAAUUAAUGGGUUCAAGAUCACGGUAGGAAAUCUUAUUAAAUCCGAAAAUGUUUAAAAGUGGAAUACUAUUGUAUAUCUUUCACUACCUUACGAAAUUGUGAGUUAAGAACGUCCAUAAGAAGACAUAUUUCAAUGUUUAAUGUAUUAGUACAAGUUGAACAAUUAUCACAUAUGAAGUGAUAAAAAUAUCUUCAUCAUGCAUGAUUGCCAAAUCUUUAAUUUAUUCUAAGGAUUCAGUCAGCCUUGAUAAAAGAAUUAUGGGAAACUAUACUAUUUAACUAUCUGUAAAUUAAAGUAUCUUUUUUAUCCACCAGUAUUCUACAAAUUAUAUUAAUGAAUGUAUGUCCUUUCUUCUUGAGAAAACUGUAAUUUAAGUAAAACAGUAACUAUCUCUGUAUGCUGAUGAAAUGCACGAAACAUAUAGAAGGGAAGUUCGAAACGUAUUUGUUAGUAGCUUUGCAUAUGAAUUACACAGUGUGAAACCAGAAUUACAUGGUGGACAUUUAAAACUUGAAAAAUUUGCAGAAAGAUUUUUGCCUGCUCUAAUCUGUAACUUCUCCUGUUCCAUCAGAUAUGUUCUCCUGGACAAUAUGUUACAAACAAGUGUUUUUUUUUUUAUAAGGCUAACCUUGAGCUGGAAAUUAAGGUUAAUUCUGAAAGAUUACAACCAACCAUCUCUGGGUAAAAAGUCAAUCUUAAAGAUGUCUGCUCAAGUAUUUAUUAUGAAUUGAAUGUUUAUGUUAGGUGCUGCUUCCAACUUUAUUGGCAGUGAUUUCAGUCAUUUGUAGGGAAUAUUCUUUCUUUUUUUUUUUCACAAAAUAUUACUGGUUUUGAGAUUGAAUUAAUGCAGUGAAAAUCAUAGAUUGCUAAAGUUAUGAUUUACCAAAGAGGUACCUGAAAUGAGAAGAUGAAAAAUAGUUAUUCAAUUCUUAUUGAAAUAGAAAGUAUAAAAUUUUGAGUAUAUCAGCAACUUAUAUUUGAACAUGGAAAGUUACAUCUCUAUUUGACGGGGCUCUCAAAACGCUGCUACAUAGAGCAUUUGAAAUACUUUUGCUUACUAGUCAUUUAGGUUUAAAUCGAAUCUUUAAUUCAAAGUUAAAAUAUUUUGUUAUUUUAUACUUCAGUUAUUUAUUUUUAUUUGUUCUUUAGAUGGCCUUAUGGUUCAACUCCAAAUAUUACCAAAUUUCCGUUGAAUAAUUCAUAUUGCUUAUUGAAAAAAGUUUAUUUUUUCUGCCAUGUAGAAUUUGAAAUUUUACAUAUUUUUUCUAUUGUGAAAUCAUUUGGUAUUUCAUGUUGAUUUCAAACGACUGUGAUAAAAUAGAAAUCGGAUUUUCAAGGGGACUCGUUGUUGAAAUUUAUAGACAUUAUUCAGUUACUGCUUGAAGUUCCUAGACAAGCUUAUUAAAUGUGAUAUUAAAAUUUUCAAUCUAAAAAGAUAUCCGUACUUAUAAAAAAUUUGCUGAUAAAAAGGAUAUGCUAAAGUUAAACUUUAGUGAGAUCAUGAGUUAAUUUUUAAUUUCAGCGCUAAUGAUCGAAACAGAACAUUUUUGAUAGAUAACUAGGCAUAUAUGGGAUUGCAGUAAAGAGCCCUGGUUUCGUUACACUGUCGCAAUAACUUUUAUGAAAAAUUCUUGAAUAUAAUAAUCUGGAUAAAUCAUAAUGUGAGGUCGUCAUAUUAUUUUACUAGCAUUUGUUUGUCAGGCGUACAUUGCUUGAGUGGAUGAGUGGCUCGAGCGUAAUGUACAUAUUGUAGUAUUAAGUAUUAACUCGUUCGUCGUUUAAGCAUGGUGCUCUGUAGCUCAUGUACAUCUGUGAUAUUAUUGAAUAAAGGUAGCAACAGAAUAAUCAUAACUUGUCCAUGAGUACGCCAAGAAAUUUACAAUAUGUCAGUUCUAUGAGUGAAUUUCAGAAUCUCAUUUUCAUUUUUUAACAUUCCAAUUUAUAAUUGUUUCCGAACUUUUUUUAAGGGAGUAAACUUUCAUAAGACAAAAAGCAUGAAUGUUUCAAUAUAGUAGAUAAAUUUUGUCUUUCUUAAACAAUCUUACAAGAAUGUAGACAGUUUGUACAUUGUAUUACAUUUCUUAAAUGUGAUAUAUUUUCUAUAUAGUUAUAUAUUGUAAGAAGACUGAAAUAACUAUAUUUUUUUUAUGGGGGUUUUUACAAAUAGGACAUGUGGAAACCUUGAACAAGAAUUUCUAAUUUUGUUUCUGUUUUGAGAAGAGGAUUAGCGUAACUCUGAUCGGACUGAGUGCAUUUUUGCACAAAAGUUAUAAAAUUAUUCUACGAUGUUAUCAAUCGCGCCAUUGCAUCUCAACGAUUAACGAUUUUACAAAUAUUUAAUAUUUUUCGAAAUUUAUUUUCUCAAUUCAGAGGUUGUUGUUGAAAGAACCUGCCAGUGAUUUCAAAACCUCUCACAUCGGAAUGAUGUAUCUUAUUUAUUUAUUGAAAUGAAUUACUGAAAUAGCCUUCUUAGAAGACAUCUCAAGUGAAAUAAUCACUUCUUACUCUUCUGUAAGUUUCCAUCAAGUGCAUUUCUUGUAUGUAAUACAGUAUUAUAAUAGUUGUGUAAUGAUUCCAAUUGGUUUUCAAAUAACUGUUUUUUUUUUAGUGUUAAUUUUUUAUUAUUUCCUGUGGAUGUAUAAAAAUAUCCAUAACAAAUAAAUGUUGAAAAUUG